AUGUCAGCUCGCAUGUACGAUUCUUUCAAGGUCAACAGCACUCAUGUUAAAUACACUGAGGAGGAGAUCAUUUCAAACUAUACCUACAACACUUCCACUACCAAGGUUGUCGAGGGAGAGUUGAUCGUUGAGCCACUCAACCAGAACUACACCUUCAAGACCCAGCGCAAGGUCCCCAAGCUCGGAUGUAUGAUCGUUGGUCUCGGUGGUAACAACGGUACCACCGUCGUUGCUGGUGUCAUUGCCAACAGAGAGGGAUUGUGCUGGAGAACAAAGACUGGACUUCAGAAGCCAAACUACUAUGGAUCUGUUAUUAUGGCCUCGACCAUUAAGCUCGGAACUGAUGCUGAGGGAAGAGACUCAUACGUUCCACUCAAGUCACUGUUGCCAAUGGUGCACCCCAACGACAUUGUCUUUGGCGGUUGGGACAUCAACGGCGCUGACCUCGCUGAGGCCAUGGAGAGAGCCCAGGUUCUCGAGCACGACCUCCAGAGACAGCUGGUGCCACACAUGAAGGAGAUCCGCCCAUUGCCAUCGAUCUACUUCCCAGACUUCAUUGCCGCCAACCAGAAGGACCGUGCCAACAACGUGUUGACCGGCACCAAGAAGGAGCAGAUGGAGCAGAUCCGUCGCGACAUCCGUGAGUUCAAGCAGACCAACCAGCUCGACAAGGUCAUCGUUUUGUGGAGUGCCAACACCGAGCGUUUCUCUUCAAUCGUCCCAGGCGCCAACGACACCUGGGCCAACCUGCAGGCUGGCAUUGAGCGCGGAGAUGAGGAGAUCUCCCCAUCGACCCUGUUCGCCGUCGCCUCGAUCCUCGAGAACACCAUCUACAUCAACGGUUCCCCACAGAACACCUUUGUGCCAGGCGUCCUCGAUUUGGCCAUCCAGAGAAACGUCCCUAUCGCCGGAGACGACUUCAAGACCGGUCAGACCAAGAUCAAGUCUGUCCUCACCGACUUCCUCGUCAGCGCUGGUAUCAAGCCAACCUCGAUCGUCAGCUACAACCAUCUGGGUAACAACGACGGCAAGAACCUGUCGGCCCCACAGCAGUUCCGCUCCAAGGAGAUCACCAAGUCCAACGUCGUCGACGACAUGAUUGCCUCCAAUGCCAUCCUGUACAAGGAGGGUGAGCACCCAGACCACGUCAUCGUUAUCAAGUACGUGCCAUACGUCGGAGACUCCAAGCGUGCCAUGGACGAGUACACCUCCCAGAUCUUCAUGGGUGGCCACAACACCAUCGUCAUCCACAACACCUGCGAGGACUCGCUGCUCGCCGCCCCAAUCAUCCUGGAUCUCGUCAUCCUGGCCGAGAUGUGCGACCGUAUCACCCUGUGCCCAGAGAACAGCCAGGACUUCAUCACCUUCCACCCAGUCUUCUCGCUGCUCAGCUACCUGCUCAAGGCUCCAUUGGUGCCAGAGAAGGCCAACGUUGUCAACGCCCUUUUCAAGCAGAGAGCCGCCAUCGAGAAUAUAUUCAAGGCUUGCGUUGGUCUCCCACCCGACAACAACAUGUUGUUGGAGCAGAGAAUCUAA